AUGCUGCUACCUUUCCUGUGCUUCCUGUUCUUCACAAUCAAGCGCCAGCGCUUAGGCCAGGCACAUAUCGUAUGGAAGCAUGCUGGCUUUGUUUUCGGGGCGAAAAAGCAAAGGAGAUAUCGUUUUUGUGAGUCCGAAAACACAGAAGUUAGAAUGAAAAGACUCUUUAUCAUCGUGUUCGUUGGUGCUGCUGUCUGUUCUCCUUCUUCUAAAGGAACCAAAAGGGCGGAACUCAAUGUAAGCCCAAGAAAGGAAAUUCUCGCGAAGGCCAGAAAGUUUAUCGAUGAGAUGAAAGCGAUGCUCGACAAAGGUAAUGCGAUUGACAAUAAUAUCACGAGUGAAGGCGAAAGACUGAAAGCCCACCAGGCGCUGCAAAAACAGAAUCCAAAAGCGUACUACGUUUUAGGGGAAAUUCACAUGCAGUUUGCAGUAAGUGCGGCUGUAGCUGAUAAGGAAACGAUGAAGAAAAUUCGGGCGAAAGUUCGGGCUGAUGUCGCUAAGCUCUUAACUGGACUAAACGCAGCGUUAGAGAAAAAGAUUGACAUACUCGACGACAAAUCAAAGAAUUCCGUGGAAAAACUCAAGUCCCUUGCGAAGCUAACACAGGAGAGUCCGAAGAUGGACCACGUUCUGCAAAUCAUGAUUGGCAAACUUGACUAAUGAAGUAGUGAGUCUGCACAACUCAAUCGACAACGCAAUCCACUCGUGAAAGUGGUGUGUUUAAUAUAUGCAGAUGAUAAACAGAGA